AUGGCUUUAUAUUAUAAUUUAGUAUUUGGAUUAUUAGUAAUUGAAAUGAUAUUCUUUGGAAUACUUUCAUUACCGUACCCAAGAUCAGUAAGAAGAACUAUUUUACAAACAGUAUCAGCCCCUUUUAGAAAUGAACAAUUUCAAAUUGCAUUAAAAUGUAUUUUGGGUUUUGUUGGUGUAUUAUUUAUUGAUUCAGUCAAUAGAGUUUAUGCAGUUACUUCAGAAUUACAUUCAUCAACUCAAGCUCAUCCAGGAUCUUCAAUUAUGAAUGAUAGAUCAGAAAUUCAAGCAAGAAGAUUUUAUGCUCAAAGAAAUAUGUAUUUAUGUGGUUUUACAUUAUUUUUAACUUUAAUUUUAACAAGAACUUAUAAUUUGGUUGUUGAAUUAAUUGCAACAAAGGAUAAAGUUGAUGAAUUGAAACAUGAAGAAACUGCAAAUGUUUCAGCGGUUAAUGAUGGUGAUAGUGAAGAGAUUUUAAAAUUAAGAGCUCAGUUGGCUGAAAAAGAUGAGACUUUAGAAUUAUUAAAAAGUCAAGCUUCUAGUUUAAAUAAAGAUUAUGAUGAAGUUUCAGAAUUGAAAAUUAGAAAAUAA